AUGUCUACUGCAAUAAAGUCGGCUAACGUGAGCUUAAAGCCUAUUGAGGUACCGAAGGCUUUGCAAGAGGGAGAAAAAUUUAUUAAAUGGGAUGAGGAUUCUGGCGCUGGACUUCCCGUUACGCUUCGCGUGGAUCCUAAAGGAUUCUUUUUGUUCUGGACUGAUCAGAAUAUGGAGGUAGAGAUGCUGGACAUAGCUACCAUACGGGAUGUCAGAACUGGUGUCCAUGCAAAAGUUCCAAAGGAUCCGAAAAUACGGAACGUGGUGUUGAUAGGCUCGCAGGGUUCACUUGAGGAGAAGACCGUUACAGUGUGCUACGGCGCCGACUUCGUUAACGUUACCUUCGUUAAUUUCUGCUGCACAAGGAAGGAUAUCGCUCAGAUGUGGACUGAGGAGCUCUUCGCGCUCGCUUACAAUCUCAACCAGCUGAACAAUCCCACCAUCAAGUUCCUCGAGAAGCUGCACACGAAGAUUAUCCUCAAGGCGGACAAGUCCGGGAAGAUACUCGUCAAAAACAUCGUGCGGCUGUUCGCGCAGAACAAGGAAGACAAGAAGCGAGUGGAGAAGGCGCUCAGCGAGUCGGGACUACCGGCGGGGAAGAACGACACCAUCAGCCAGUCCAAAUUCCAGUUUGAGGAUUUCUUCGCCUUCUACAAGAGCCUCACCCAACGUACCGAAGUCCUCAAGAUCUUCAACAGUCUCACCGACAACAAGCCCCACCUGUCGGCCAACCAGUUGGUCGAUUUCCUGAACGACGUACAACGGGACCCCAGGCUCAACGAGAUACUACACCCCUACGCCGAUAUACAGCGGGCGAAGGACCUCAUUAAGACCUACGAAUACAAUAAGUACCAUCAGCAGCGAUCCCAGCUGACCUUCGACGGAUUUCUCAGGUUCCUAAUGUCCGAGGACAACCCGAUAGUGGCGCCCAGCAAGCUGGACCUGUGCGACGACAUGGAGCAGCCACUAGCGCACUACUUCAUCAACAGCUCGCACAACACCUACCUCACCGGUCACCAGAUAACCGGCAAGUCGAGCGUCGAGAUCUACCGCCAGAGCCUCCUCGCCGGCUGCAGGUGCGUCGAAUUGGACUUCUGGAACGGCCGCACCGAGGAGCCGGUGAUUGUGCACGGCUACACCUUCGUGCCGGAGAUCAGCGCGCGCGAGGUGCUCGAGGCGAUAGCCGAGAGCGCCUUCAAGACCUCCGACUACCCGGUGAUACUGAGCUUCGAGAACCACUGCAACCCCCGCCAGCAGGCCAAGAUCGCGAACUACUGCCGCGACAUAUUCGGCGACAUGCUGCUCGACAGGCCGCUCGACUCGCACCAGCUGGAGCCAGACGCAGUGGCGUAUAACAAGCAGGAAUCGAAAAUGGAUAAGACAGCAAGAGCUGGAACGCUCGCGGGAGGGGAACUGCCGCCGCCUUCACUGCUUCGCCACAAGAUCAUAAUAAAGAACAAGAAGAAACACCACCACCACCACAAGAAGGAGGGCUCGAUGGGCUCCGAUGACGCAGAGGCGCGGGAGCAAACGCUACCGCAGGGCAACGGGGAGAUCGCCCACGGACCGCUCGUGCGACAGGGCUCCAAGGAGUCGUCGGAGUCCUCCGAGUCGGAAUCGUCCUCCGGCGAGGAGGAGGGCGAAGUCCCCUGUGAGGGCGCCGGGGGCGUAGCGCCCGGGGUGGCGCCGGAGACCCACGCCGCCGCCGAGAUAUCGGCCCUCGUCAACUACGUGCAGCCGGUGCACUUCAGCUCCUUCGAGAACGCUGAGAAGAAGAACCGAUUCUACGAGAUGUCCUCGUUCGACGAGAAACAGGCCACCACGCUGCUCAAAGAGCGCCCCAUAGAGUUCGUCAACUACAACAAGCACCAGCUGUCGCGCGUUUACCCGGCGGGGACGCGUUUCGACUCGUCCAACUUCAUGCCGCAGGUGUUCUGGAACGCCGGGUGCCAGUUAGUGGCGCUCAACUAUCAGACCCUGGACCUCGCUAUGCAGUUGAACCUCGGCACGUUCGAGUACAACAGACGCUGCGGCUACGUGCUCAAACCUGAGUUCAUGCGACGGAAGGACCGACGGCUGGACCCGUUCGCCGAGAGCACCGUGGACGGCAUAAUAGCGGGCUCGCUCUCCGUCACCGUCCUAUCGGGGCAGCUGCUGACGGACAAGCGGUGCGGCACCUACGUGGAGGCGGACAUGUUCGGGCUGCCGGCCGACACGGUGCGCAAGAAGUUCCGCACGCGCGUCGCCCCCAACAACGGCAUCAACCCAGUAUACGGCGACGAGCCGUUCGUCUUCAAGAAGGUCAGUGACCCCUCACUGCAUCGUCAUCCUCUCGCAUCCCAUUUAGGUAUCUCGUCCCCAACAACGGCAUCAACCACCGUAUACGGCGACGAACCCUUCGUCUUCAAGAAGGUCAGUGACCCCUCACUACAUCGUCAUACUCUCGCAUCCCAUUUAGGUGUGUCGUCCCCAAAAACGGUAUUAACCCCAUGUACGGCGACGAGCCAUUCGUCUUCAAGAAGGUCGGUGACCCCUCACUACAUCGUCAUCCUCCCGCCCUCAUCCCAUCUAGGUAUCUCGCCCCCAACAACGGCAUCAACCACCGUAUACGGCGAUGAACCCUUCGUCUUCAAGAAGGUCAGUGACCCCUCACUGCAUCGUCAUCCUCCCGCCCUCAUCCUAUCUAGGUGUGUCUUCUUCAACGAGUGCAUCAACUCAGUAUACGGCGACGAGCCUUUCGUCUUCAUGAAGGUGGUGUUGCCGGAGCUGGCGAUGUUGCGUAUUGCGGCGCACGAGGAGAGCGGCCGCCUUCUCGGCCACAGGGUGCUCCCCGUUUUAGGCCUCCGCCCCGGCUACCGUCACGUAAACCUUCGCACCGAGUUGGGGCUGCCGUUGCCGGCGAGUUUGCUACUACUAGUCGUUGUAAAGGACUACGUGCCGGAUCGGCUCUCCGAAUUGGCCGAGGCGCUCGCCAACCCCAUCAAGUACCAGAGCGAGCUGGACAAGCGCGAGCACCAGCUCGCCGUUCUCACGGACGACACCGAGGAGCCGGCCGAGAGGCCUGAGGACGCGCUGCGCCGGCCCCCGUCCGCGAUCAAGCCGGAGUCAACUGGAGACUGCAGUCCAAAUAGGCCCGGUCUCGGCGGUGACAUGCGGAAGUCCAUCGACAUCGAGACGAUCGUGCCGUCGCCGGCGUUGACCUCGGUGCCGGCGCCUCUCCCGCUCGAUGACAAGUUCACUAGAGAGGAGAAAGAGAACGAGAGCAACGGCUCGUCGGAGGCGGCGCUGGACGCGGCGCUCUCGUCGCUCCUGAACUCGAAGCCGGCGCGAGAGAAGAGGGCCGAGCUGACGAGGAAGCUGGAGCUGAUGAGGCGGAAGCGCGACCAGCGCGACCCCCGGCCGCUCUCCAAGUUCUUCCGCAGGGGCCUCUCCUCCAAGAACAUCAGCGGCGAGUCGAGCUCGGGCGCGGCGCUGUCGGUGGCCGGUGGCGGCGGGGGAGGGGCAGGGGCAGGAGGAGGGGGAGUAGGCGCGGGCGGCGCCGGGGGCGCGGACGAGUCGAGCGAGGCGGCCGAGCGCGAGCUUCGGCUCCGCUACCACCACGCCAUCUACGCGACCCUCGACAAGAUGCUCAGCGCCGAGCAGCGGCACCAGAUGAAGUCGCUCACGGACAUGCUGGAAGCGGAAAAGAAGGAGAUACUGAACAAACUAGCGAAUUCCAGGAAGGAGGAUGUGAAAGCCUUGGCAAAAAAGACUAAUAGAGAUAAGGAUGAAAUACUCAGGAUUAAAAGGGAGAUACAUUCUCAGUCGGUGGAGCGCGGCGUGGCGGAGUGCUCCCGGCUGGAGCUGGCGUACGCUAGGCGCCGCGAGCAGCUCGCCCUCACCCAUGAGCGGCUACGCGCCCUGCUGCACAAGCAUCGCGACCAGGAGCUUCUGGAACUUGAGCGGCUGUGCGGCGAAGCGCCCGAGGGA